UCUCCCCAAAGCUCCCAGACCUUCGCUCCCUCCCAACCACAUCGAUACUUCCCAGCUAAAAGCUCCUCAAUCUCGUCUUGUUUCGGCCCCGACUGUCCAUGGCCGACCCCCAAGCCGGAGCGAGAGCUCCGCCGGAGCCGCAGGCGGACGCCCUGGUGGAGUCCGUGCGUGUCGACGGCGCCGCGGCGGAGGCCACGCUCUCCGAUGCCGAGCUGGCGUGGCGCCCGUCAGGCCGCGUCCGCGACGGCGCGGGGAGGCGGAAGUUGGAGCUGGAGUCGGACGUGCUCGGGUUCCGGGUGGAUGGGAGGGCUCUCAAAGUCGCGACCUUUGCGAGGUGGGACGAGGCGGGCGUAGGGAGGCCGCCGUCGCCGCUGGGCUGCGGCGGCGCAGGUGGAGGGGACAGGAGGAGAGGAGAGGUCGUGGUGGAGAUGGAGAGCGAGGAGGCCGCCGAGAGGUGGGGGGACGCCAUGAGAGAUCGCUUCGUCUCGCUUGGUCGGCCGAAGAGAUUGUUCAUCAUAGUGAACCCUUUUGGUGGGAAGAGAAGUGGGCGGAGGAUUUUUCAAACCGAAGUGCUACCUCUUAUUGAAGCUAGUGGCAUCCAAUACACCAUGCAAGAAACCAAGCAUCGUCUUCAUGCUCAAGAAAUUGCUGGUUCACUAGAUCUGAUGAAAUAUGAUGGGAUUAUUUGUGUCAGUGGUGAUGGUAUCCUUGUGGAGGUUGUUAAUGGUCUGCUGCAAAGAGAAGACUGGAGCACAGCAAUAAAAGUACCACUAGGGAUCAUCCCUGCAGGUACUGGAAAUGGAAUGGUACAAGCUCUAUUGCACUCUGCUGGUGAACCUUUCUCCAUGUCUAAUGCUGUGUUUGCAAUCAUCAGAGGUCACAAACGUGCCCUAGAUGUCACCUCUGUCGUGCAGGGCAAGACAAAGUUUUUUAGUGUCAUGAUGCUUACAUGGGGUUUGGUAGCUGAUAUUGAUAUUGAGUCAGAGAAGUUUAGGUGGAUGGGAAGCGCUCGCAUUGAAGUCUAUUCCCUUGUACGUGUGGUGAGCUUGCGACGGUACAAUGGGCGUAUUCUUUUCAUUCCAGCUCCGGGAUAUGAAGGAUUUGGUGAUCCCGUGGAGCAAACUACCAGUUGUAAAUCUAAUGGGGCUAGCAAUAGUGUUGAAGGAGACAGAUCAAGUGUCUCUAAUGAUGAAACAUGUACCUAUCCUGGCCCUUCAGUUGAUGAAGCUGAUGUUAAAUGGAGAUCACUGAAUGGUCCAUUUGUUAACGUCUGGAUUAGCAAUAUUGCUUUUGCUUGUGAAGGUGUCAUGAUAGCACCACAAGCAAAGUUUGCGGAUGGCUUCUUGGAUGCAGCUAUAGUGAAGGACUGCCCAAGGUCCGUUGCUCUCGGGCUCUUGCUUCGGAUGAAGGACGGAAGCUACGUUGAGUCGCCCUACGUACAGUACUUCAAGGUAAAGGCUCUCCGGAUUGAGCCGGGACUGCGUGUGGGCAACAGUAACCUAGGUGGCAUCAUCGACUCUGAUGGAGAGGUUCUCGCUAGAGGCGACGUAUCCAAAGCCGGAGGCGAGCCAGAGCAUCUAAUGGCAUAUGGCCCCCCUAUCCAGCUGACCGUGGAUCAGGGGCUGGCCACCAUAUUCUCCCCAAGAUGAUGAUUUUUUAAUUCCUUAACUCUUUCCCUGUCCUUGCACCCCCCUCACAUACAUGUUAGCAUAUGUUGUAUGUAAAUACUCACACCACAAUGCAAGAGGCGAUGUUUCAACAUUUCUGCUAAACUACUCAUAGCUUUAGAACUAGGUCUGAAAGUACAGCAGUGUGAGAACUGUACGAGAUUUUUUUUCCUCAACCAUGCAGGAGGACUGCAUGUGUUGUAUUAGAAGAGAAAUUGCAAAGAACAUACGGUACGGGAGAUCACUCCUUGCAAACC